AUGCUGAUUUGUGGUGGGAGCAUGGAAAUUCGCUGCAAGUUGUUCAUGGGCACGCUCAAAAAAGCAGCCCUUGACUGGUUUAGUGGUCUUCCCGACCGGUCAAUCACCGAUUUCGACGUCUUCAGCCGGCUGUUCAUGGCACAGUUCGCCGCUAACAAGAAGAAACCACCAAUCACGUCGGACUUGUUCGACCUCAAGCAGCAACGCGAGGAGCCGUUGAAGGACUUCUUGCAAAGGUUCAAUGAGGUCGCCUUGAGAAUAGCGUCCUUGGAUGAAAGGAUGGCAAUCAUCGCGUUCCAGAAGGGUUUAAGGUCAGGAGCUUUCGAAAUCGCGCUGGAGAAAGUGAAUUGUCAAACGAUGUCGGAGGUGAGGGCUUUCGCCCUAAGUCACAUCAAGACGAAGGAAGGACAAAUUAACAAAAGGGCAGCAGAAAGCCGAGAGGCAGGGGGCAGCAAUAAGGAGGACAAUAAGCACCUCCGGGUACGCUCGGAUUGGAAUAAGCGACGUGAUCACUAUAAUGCGAAGGAGGGGAAUCGUAGGCAGACGGAUUAUGGUGGUCGGGCGAAGGACGAGUGGGCGCGAAACAAUGAACAGGAAAAGAUCACCCCACUCAACGUCCCUAGGAGGCACAUACUCCAUGACGUCAACAACGCGUCACUUUUUGAGUUCCCGGCCGCGACUGAUCGUCAGUUGGGUCCUUACAAAACUGACUGGUGUGAAUUUCAUCGGACCCAUGGACACACAACGGAGAAUUGCUUCGUUCUCGGUAGACAAAUUGAGCGUCUUAUCAUGGAGGGUCGUUUGAAGAAGUUCAUUGCAUGUAAGGAUGAUGAAGGCUCAUCCGACAGACGACGCAGACAUGAAGGGGAAGAUAUGAGAAGAGGAAGACGCAAAGGGAGGUCUCCUCCGAGAGAUGUUCUAGAGAAAAGUUCAGAGACUCACCAACAGGCUGUCCAUGGAGAUUUUAACACCAUAGCGGGGGGAUUUUCUGGAGGAGGUCUAACAUCAGCAGCACGGAAGAGAUACUCUCACUCGGUGUUAUUGGUCUCAGAUUGGGUGAGACCCACUCGGCCAACCAUCACUUUCUCGGAUUCCGACUUUGAAGGGGUGUCUCCCCAUGAGGACGACCCUAUUGUCGUUUCAGCAAUCGUCAUGGGCUACAAUGUAAAACGAGUGUUGGUAGACCAAGGCAGCUCGGCAGACAUCAUGUUUUGGGAGGCUUUUGUCGGAAUGAAAAUUCCGACUGAUUUGCCUUAUGCCAUAUGCAGGUACGUUAGUUGGUUUUGCAGGUGA